AUGGCUUUCCUUCCUCCUUGGGCCUCUGCACUAGUUGGCUGCAUUUCUGUUUCUUUAGCAGGAGCUUUCAAUCUCUCAGAUCUGCAUCCCCCGCUGUGGAAUAAGAGCCCUGGUCAGUUCAGUGAUUACAGGGUGGAGAAUGGAAAGUACAUUAUUGAUCCCUGGGUAUAUCCUAAGAGAAUGGGGAUGUAUAAAAUCCUCUUGAACAAAACAGCCAGUUAUUUUGAAAAAUUUGCACCAGAUAAUGAAUUAAAUCUUUUUUGGGGAUUGCCUUUGCAGCAUGGCUGGCAAUAUACUACAGGCAGAUUAGUUGAUCCCAGCCAAAGGACAGACUGUGGCUAUGAAUCUGGAGAUCAUUUGUGUAUCUCUGUGGACAGCUGGUGGGCUGAUAUGAAUUACUUUCUAAGUGCACUACCCUUCCUGGCUGCAGUUGAUUCUGGCAUAAUGGGGAUAUCAUCAGAUAAAAUCACGCUUUUGCCACCACCCAAGGAUCAGACAAAGUUUUGUCUUAAUAUUUCCAGUUGUCAGUCAUCAUUUCCCAAGACAAUGAGCAAGUGGAAUGCCCUUUACAAGCAAUUGCAGUCACUUUCCAGUAGCUUUGAUGACUUGAUUAAGUACUUAUGGGAUGCACACAUUUCAGCCUUGAAAGAUGCUUACAAAAUUUUUGAAGAUAGGUUGGAUUAUUAUUCUAAACCAGAAGGAGAUUUUGGAAGAGAUUGGUAUGUGUCUUUGGACUAUUUAGCUGCAGCCUACUUCCCUACAACAAUUAUUACAGUAACUGAGUUCCAGAAGGCCCUACCACCACGAGUCCUUGUUGACUCAGAUAGAGCCCCCUUCAUCAGUAACUUUACCGACCUUCAGAACACCGUCUUGCUUGGUCUAAAUCUUCUUCACCAAGUGGAUGACGCUACAGGUUCACUGUCUUUGGCUGUAUGGAAAAUUUUAAUGAAGACAGAGGUUGCAAGGAAAAUAGCUCUAAAGAUUUUUGAAACAAUACUUGCAGCAUUCCAACAUUUCUGAAAAAGAUUAAUGAAUUAAAUAUGAGCAAUUCUGAUUGAACAACAGUAAUUUCAAAAUUGAACACUAUCACAAUCAUAUAAUUUAGAAUUUCAAUGGGAAUUUAGUAAACAAAUCCAUUCAUCCAAUCACUUGAACAAGUUAAUAGUUCUCUUAAAAAUAAAAUGCUUUGAAUACUCCAGUG